CUUCAUUCGUUCGCUGGAUUUGACAGAAGAAAGUAACGUGCGUGCCAUCAGUGCUGAUCGAUACAGCAAAAUGGAUGUGAAAAACUGCGGCUUCAUCGAUCCGCAGGGACAGCUGAGCGCAGCUCUAGCUAAUCGGGAUAUAAGGGAAUUCCACACGGCCCUGGACAACGGUGCCCUGCCGAAUCUCCAGGACGAGCGACACACGACGCUCUACGAGAAGGCGCUGUCCACACCGGGAUGCGCACAGUUUAUCGAGGCCUGCCUGGCCCACGGCUGCAAUGUGAACUAUAUAAAUCAAAAGCUUAACAAGGCUGCCAUUAGCUAUGCCGCAGACUCGCGGGAUCCAUCGAAUCUGGCCGUGCUGCUGCGCCAUGGGGGAGUCCAGCUGGACCGCAAGUAUAGCCAGCUGACGCCCCUAAACUCGCUGGCCAAGAAUCUCACAGCGGAGAAUGCCUCAAUGGUGGGCUCCUGCAUCCAGCUGCUCCUCGAGCACGGCGCCUCUCCGAAUGUGGUGGACCAGGGCGAGUUCACGCCCCUCCACCAUGUGCUGAAGAACCGGAAGAUUGAGGCCGGCACCAAGAAGGAGCUGAUCGGGCUGUUCCUAACCCAGCCCCAGCUGGACAUUGACAGCUAUCGGAACGGGCAGGUGCGCCAGAUGCUGAAGGAUCAGUACCCGGAACUGUCCCUGCCAGAGCUGCGCGAGCCCGGAGCAGAGAUCGACUGCGAGCGACUUCUCCGCACGCUACGGGAUGGGGACGAGACCCAGUUUGAGCAACAGUUUGCAGAGUAUCACCAGAACGCGAGCGGCAACGCGGACAACCAGCGCAAUGCCAACCAGGAGGAGUAUCUGUCCCUGCUGGAGGAGAGCAUUAAGCGGGGCAAGCAACGAGCCUUCGAGGUCAUCCUCGAAACGGGCAUCAACAUCAAUCAAACGAAAUUGAAUGCGAUCAGCCCCGUGGAGCUGGCCGUGAUCUGGGGCAACCACAGGGCCCUGGACGUGCUCCUGAAGCACCCGCAGCUGAGGCUGAACUCGAAUUCCAAGCUGCUGAACGCUGUGAUCAGUCGUUUGGACGAGCAGCCACUGGACGACUUCUGCGACCACCAGCGCUGCUUGCAGCUGCUGCUCGAGAGCGAUCGUGUGGACAUCAACGAGGCGGACAAGGGUGGCCAGGUGCCGCUCUCCUAUGCGGUGAAGUACCGCAACAUCAAGGUGGCACAGGAGCUACUCAAACAUGGGGCGUACAUUGGGGCCAGAAGCGCGUUCGGGGAUCUGCCCAUACAGGAGAUGGACCCGAAAGUGCUCGAGGAGCACUUCGAUUCCUGCAUCACCACCAACGGGGAGAAGCCCGGCGACCAGGGCUUUGAGAUCGUCAUCAACUACAAGAAUCUGAUGCGACGGCAGCAAGAGUCCGGACAGUCGGACAAGCGGCCAAGCAUUCCGCACCAACUGCAGGACGAGAUGACUCCAAUCGCGUACAUUGCCGAGUCCAAGGAGCUGCGCCACCUGCUGCAGCAUCCGCUCAUCUCGAGCUUCCUCUUCCUCAAGUGGCACCGCCUGUCGGUGAUCUUCUAUCUGAACUUUCUGCUCUACACGCUCUUCACUGCCUCCAUUAUCACGCACACGCUGCUCAAGUUCCACGAGAGUGACCACACGGCCCUGACUGCACUCUUUGGGCUGUUCUCCUGGAUAGGCAUUGUGUAUCUCAUAGUCCGAGAGGUCAUUCAAUUUGCCAUGUCGCCGCUGCUGCACUUCUGGUCCAUCACCAACUUGAUGGAGGUGGCUCUCAUCGUCCUGUCGAUCCUGACCUGCAUGGAGGCCAGCUACGACAAGGAGACGCAGCGCGUGCUGGCCGUCUUCACCAUUCUGCUGGUGUCCCUGGAGUUCUGCCUGCUGGUGGGCUCCCUGCCAGUGCUCUCCAUAUCGACCCACAUGCUUAUGCUGCGCGCCGUCUCCAGCAGCUUCAUCAAGAGCUUUGCCCUCUACUCGAUCUUUGUGCUGACGUUCAGUCUGUGCUUCUACAUACUGUUUGGCAAGCCGCAGGUGGACACGAAGGACAGCACGCCAGAGCCCGCAAAGGAGGGAAAGGACGAUGGGCACUUCAACACUUUUUCGGUGCCCAUCGAGGCGCUCAUCAAGACGAUUGUAAUGCUCACGGGAGAGUUUGAUGCCGGUGACAUCAAGUUCGACAGCGUCUACACCUAUCUGAUAUUCCUGCUCUUCGUUUUCUUCAUGACCAUUGUGCUGUUCAAUCUGCUCAAUGGUCUGGCCGUGAGCGACACUCAGGCGAUCAAGGCACAGGCGGAGCUGAACGGCGCCAUUGUACGCACCAAUCUGCUGACCCGCUACGAGCAAGUUCUCACUGGCCGAGACGGACACGCUGGCUUCAUUGUGGGCAGCGAACCCUUCCGCAGCAUCUGCCAGCGAUUGAUGAACAUCUACCCCAACUACCUGAGUCUGCGGCAGAUCUCGGUGCUGCCCAACGACGGCAACAAGGUGCUGAUACCCAUGAGCAAUGGCUUCGAGCUGCAGCCCCUGCAUGGCAAGAGCCCGACCAGCUUCCAGCAGCUGCCCACGAGCGCCACGCAGAAGAAGCUGCUGGAUCCGCCGUUGAAGCUGCUGCCCUGCUGCUGCUCCGUGCUGACCGGCCAGUGUUCCCAGAUUGAUGGCCGGACCGUGAAACUCGCCCUGGCCCUCAUCGAUGAGAAUUCCAGUGCGGAGCAGAGGCGUCAGCGGGACCAGAUUAACGAUCGACGGCUGCAGAUCAUCGAACAGAAACUGGACCAUCUGCUGCAAGUGCUGCAGGAGCGCACUUAGUCGGGCUCUGCUGGGGAUUGGGGGACUCAGCUAUAGUAUUUAUUUAAUGAGUAAUUAUUUAGCAUUUAACAUAUGUGUGUAUAACCCGCAUUCAAAGCAGACUCGCAGCUUAAGUUAGUCAGAAAUUGUUUUUAUUAACAUACGAAUAAUGAAAUUGAACAAAACCCUUAAUAAUUUGCUUGUUGUCAGUAAGUAA